AUGAAUUAUAAGAAAGAAGCUUUAGAGCUACUUGGAUAUGAAUAGGUCGACUGUUUAAUACCAAAAAACUUACUAAAUGACUUUCCAGAUUACUUUACUGAUGAAUAAUAACCUCCUUUAGCCACAAACUUAUCUGAAAUAACUGAAAAUGGACUAAUUUUUAUGUCUGCUCUUAGUCAAACUACUACUCCAUAACUUUCUGCUUAAUUAUUCAGGUCUGCUUAAUCAAAGAAUUCUAAAGGAAAAAUUAGAACUUUUUUCCCUUAAAAAUGGCCUGUAGCUAAAACUAACAUGAGUCCUUUUUCUUUUUCAAGAUAUUCUCAUUUUCAAUCUUUAAUUAUACGAAAUUGGUACUAUUUAGACAAUAUCAAUAACAUUUAAGGACCCUUUUCCUGUGUAGAAAUGGAUAAUUGGUAUAGAAAGAACCUUCUCAAUGCUGAUUUAUUAAUAAGUUAUAAAUCUAGAGACUUAACUUCGUUUGUUAGAGUACAGGAUAUUCUACAAGAAUCCUAAAACCCGAAAUGCAGCAAAAUUCUAAAAUAAAUGUAUAAAAGAGCAUCAAGUGCAAUAAGAAUUUAAUAAAGAAUUUAAAGUGAUUCUCCAAUUAGUAAAGCAUCAACUGAACUCUCUUUAAGCAACAAUAAUAGUUGUUAAAAAUAGAGAUAACCAAUUUGGGGUGUUGAUACAGAAUAUUUGUUAAGUUUUUGAUCAAGUAAAUAAAUAUAUAAAUCAUAUUAAUUUGUUAUAAAAAUGUAAUCGAAAA